AUGUACUAUAUAUUAUUUGUAUGUAUUCUUGCACUUGACUUUGUCUGUUCCCAUGUGGAACAUAAUUCUGAAUGUGUCUCCUUGAACAUCGUUAGGAGAAGGCCUGACCGGAUUUUAAUUUUACGUCAGAACUUCUAUAAUAUUGACACUUUAGUUUAUACAGCUAAGGAUGGAUACAUAAAUGAAGUUAUUGACGACCGGGGUAUUAUAUGGAAGAAUGAUAGGGGCAGGUUGAAAUUGAGCAAAGUGAUUAAAUUUAGAAAGGAAUCAAAAUUACUCCAUGUACAUUAUAUAUCAGCUGAUAACCUUUCUUAUGUAAAAUACUUUUAUCGCACUGGGAGAGUUUGGAAUGAAAUCAAUUCUGAACGGUUCUAUCUCGAGUUUGAUCUUCAUAGGUCCGAAGCCUCAGUCGUUUCAUACUACACAAUAUACUUAAGACGAAAUAACGACGAAAAAAGGGCCAGAGUUAAUAAAUCGAAAAAACUAAAAUUUGCGGCUUAUGGCCCAAAUUACGGUUAUCGCAUUAAUAAAGUCUGUGACGUGAGUUUGGGGAUAAUGUGUUUUAAGAGUGUUUGGUAUUCGAAAGAAGAUGAGCAUUGUUUGUUCACUUCGGUACACAAUAGGGAUAAACCUGAUUUGGCCUACCUCGUUAUUUCCGAUUCAGGAAACGUGGUUGAAAAGUUUUAUCAUAAACCUCCUGGUGUUUUUAAGUCAUGGAAACCUAUUGAUAAAACUGAAUACUACAGCAAGUUGAAAGAACGGGAUCUUGAUUUAGAUAAGUUUGACAAUACAGUUCAAUUGGAUUUAAAUAACAUUGAUUCCGACAAGUUUUAUUCUAGUGAAUUCGGUUAUAGACGUUCAACCAUCGCAGCAUAUCCUAAGCCAGGUUUUAGAAUGACUAGAGUUAGUUAUGCUAAUAUGAUCAUUUGGGAAUCUGGCAAAUCUGAUGUGUAUUCCUAUUGCGCAAACAUGUUUUCAGACAAUGAGGAACCAAAACUGUGUUAUGUUCUAGUUAGUGAAGGAAAUGAACGUAGAAUCGAGUACUUCCUUAAUAACAAUAACACAUGGUAUAAAAUAGAUAAAAAAAGAUUUUAUCAUCUGUUGGCCAAAAAGGAUGAUCCUAGAUACACUCAUCGUUACGAGGGUAUUGACGAGGAAGGCAAUCGUAACAUAGAAAUGAGUUAUUUUACCAAUAAACAGGGACUCAUGGUUAAAACAUAUAGAUCAAUGGUCCCUAAUCACAAGGGAGUUAUUUUGCUGAUCCAUGGUUUUGCCAUGCACUUCCUGUCGACAUUUAUGAAAUACAACAUGGACUGGAACUAUCAAAACUUCGGUUUUGCCACUCAUCCUUAUAUAGUCUGUCCAGAUGUAAACUUCUUUUAUAACUAUAGUAGAUUUAAUUAUGAUCGAUACAAACACAUCUUCGAAUAUAACUUCUACGAUAAACAAUACCCCUCUAAUUUAAUCCAAAUGUUUGAGUAUUCAGGUAGUAUGCUUGAAUGCUUAAACAAUAUGGGUUAUAGUGUGUAUGGAAUGGAUUUCCAGUCUAACGGGUUCUCAGAGUCAGUAGAUAGCAUAAAAUCCCACUUCACCAGAUACACGGACUUAAUCAAAGAUGUAACGCAGUUUGUAUAUAUUAUCAAGCGUCAGAAAUUCACUGAUACGAGCCAAGUGUGGACCGAAAGAGUGAACUCGAUAGGUAUAAAGUUUAACGAAAAGUUCAUGAUAUUCGGGUAUUCACUGGGCUCCAACGUGUCAUUCAGAGCGAUAGAAGAGUUUAACAGACAACACGACCUGAAAGAGAAACUGGCAGAUGCGUUCAUAUCGCUAUCGGGAAUGUUCGACCUCGCAAGUAACAUAAAGGACUUAUAUCACAGGGCAUACCUAGGGCUCUUCCCCCUGUUUGCAGCCUUUGCGCCGAGGUAUGAAAACAGGUAUCAGCAGUACCCUAACUACGGCCAGAGAUACAACUUCACAAUGUACUUGAACGUAAGUGUACCCAGAAAUAAAAAUCUUCAGGACGACAGGUACGGACCGCACUUCUGCAGCUGGAGGACGCUGAAGUCUCUGUACCUUGCCUGCUGGGCAUCAAAGAGAAACGCCAAACAUUACCCAAAAAAUAUGCCAACGCUGUUCAUCCACUCCUCUGAAGACUACAAGUGUAACAUAAAGGGCGUGAGAAAGAUUGAGGCCAGGCUGGGAUUUAACGCAAGCGUCGUGGAAAUGCCGGGGAGAGACCAUCACACAUUUGAAACGGAUUUCCUGGACCCAAUAUCGAAGAACUUGGCAGAAUGGCUGGCCACGACAGUGGGAAGAGAAACAAUCGUAAUACACUCCAAAUGA